ACGGCGUAUCCCAGAAAAGUACAAGGAAAGUAUACAAUGAUAAAAUAUGUCGACAGACUUCUGACCCCGCCCACCAACGGACAAACAGAUUGUCUGAACACUUAACCUAAUGCUAGAAACGGAGAGACCGUUUACAAUAUGUUGUCGUGGUUGGAGUGUAAAACGACGUACCGUUUUUAAAAGCGCAACCUUCAGUCAACAUACUAACUUAUAGAGGAUAUAUUUAUACUAUCUAUAUUCACUUUAUUAAUUUACGUUCGGACGAGUUCAUUUCUUCCCGCUGUGCCCCUCGGUUCCCUAAACUCAUUGAAGAUCAUCUAAAUCGAGUAUCCCUAACUGGUUUGUGACGCACGCAAUACAUUUGGCGCGGAAGGUUGAUUUGUAACUUCUGUGUCUUAAGCUUUGGUCGAAAUAUCGACGUCUCGCUACCAAAACAUGAUGCGUAAAAAGCGACGCUCGUCUGUGGAUAAAGGAGAGGAAGCAACGACGACCACUAAGGCAAAGAAGAGUCGCAACACUGGUCGCAAACUAAAGGAACCGGCUCCAGAAGAAACAAAUGAAAGUGUAUUUGGUGUCUUUCUUCGAGAAGCAGGUGUCACCUUGAAACACGCUGGAACAUCCAAUGAGAUUGCUGUCGACCAAGUAGUUUUCCAAAAGAGGCUACAGAAGCAACUCCAGAAGAGUCCCAGGUACCCUGGGAUUGUGAAGGAGUUUACCACUGGACUAGAGUCUCAUAUUGAGGACCCUGAGCGGUUUAGGAACUGCCUUCUUCCAUGUGUCCCACGAUUGUUGGAUGGAGACUCCAGUCAGGUCAGCUCUUUUCAGGAAAGCCUGCUGCGCAUGCUGUUGGGCAUUGAGAUGCUGCAGAGCUUUAUCAUUAACACCUUGCUCGAGAAGCUCCCUGAGUUUAUGUUUGAUGGCACCGGAGAUGGAGGACUCAGUAUUCCUCACGCAAUUAUCAACCAGUUUAAAUGGCUAGACCGAAUUGUGGACAGCAAGGAGUUGGCAGCGAAGCUCAUGGAGCUGGUGUCAGUCGCACCGGUGGAGGUUCAGCGUGACAUCAUCACUAGUCUGCCAGAGAUACUGGAAGACUCCCAGCACAAUGAUAUAGCCAGAGAGCUCAACUCUUUACUCCAGGAGAACACUCAGUUGACUGUCCCCAUCCUGGAUGCCCUCUCUAGUCUGAACCUUAGUUCCUCAUUACUUACUGAGGUCCGUGGCGCCGUUAUGGUCACCUUGGCUGCUGUGCAACUGGAGGACUUACCUGUGGUGGUCAAGUUCGUCCUGCAUUCUGUCUCAGCCUCUGAUGCCUAUGAGGUGGUGCGUAAUCUUCGUAAAAAGUUAGAGUUGGAGCAGUGUGUUCUCCCUCCUGUGCUGCAGGCCUCUCAGAGCCGCAUAAAGAGCAAAGGAUCAGCAGCGUCCUCUUCCACACCAUCAGCUGGCAGCAGCCAAGAUAGCGUUACAUUGAUACUGGACGGCAUCAAGUCAGCAGUGCGAUUCCAGAAAAUGAUAUCUGAGGCGUGGCUCAAGGCAAUUGAGUCUGUGGACGAAGAGGAGGACCAUAAGGUAGUAGAUCUGCUGGUGCUGUUCAUCCUCCACUCCACCAACGCUAACCAGAGCCGACGGGGCGCGGAGCGGCUGCUGAAGGGGAAAGUGAGGACUGGACUGAUCCAGGAGCCUCUUCUCCAGAGGACCUUCAGGGACUAUGCUCAGGUCAUGCGAGGGUAUUUCCCCUCCAUCCUGUCUCUGGCUCAGAGUUUGUUGCGCUCCCCCGACCCAUGUGUGGUGCCUUUUGGUGGACACAUGUACCGACACUCAUUCACGGCUUUUGACUCUUACUGCCAACAGGAGGUGGUGGGCUCUUUGGUGACCCAUGUGUGCAGUGGUGUGGGUGGGGAGGUGGACAUGGCUCUGGAGCUGCUCUGCGGCCUUGUCACAGAAAAACCCUCAGAAAUGGCCCUUUAUGCUGUUUUUGUCAAGGGAAUCUUAGAUUACAUGGACAACCUCACACCCCAGCAGAUCCGCAGACUCUUCCACCUUCUGAGCGGCCUGGCCUUCGGGCAACAGCAGCAGGGAUCUCACAUCCAGGAUGACAUGCACAUCGUGAUCCGCAAACAGCUCUCCAGCACUGUGCCCAAGUACAAGCGUAUUGGCAUCAUUGGCGCCGUCAGGAUUGUAGGAAGCAUGGGCGCCGUCAGGCUUAAAGUGAAAGAGUCACAGAAUGGCUCGUUACCCCAGGAGACACUCAGACAGGUGACCGCCCUGUUGGAGCUGGUGAAGUCCAGCAGUGAAAGCUCACCUGAGGCUGCCGCUCUCUACUAUGAUGAACUGGCCAACCUGAUGCUGAGCUCUACCCUGGACCCACAGGUGCAGCAAAGCAUCGAAAAGAGUGUCAUAGAUGACUUCCAGGUUGACUUUGUGGUGGACGUCGGACCAAAAAUAUCAGGUUCCUUUCCCUUUACGCCCUGUGUGUUGUAUGACCUGGAAGGUCAAGGAAACAGCAUUGCCAUCAACUUACUGCCUCUACUGGCCCAAAAUGUCCAGAUGAAAGGAGAGCAACAGAAUCAAACCUCAAAGACCCACAAGCGCGUGUCUCCUCUCUGUCUGUCUCCAUUAUUCCGCCUCCUGAGACUCUGUGAGCACAAACAGCACCAGGGAGACCUGGAGGAGAUUGACGGCCUGCUGGGCUGCCCUCUGAUCCUGACGGACAUGGAUGUAGUAGAGAAAAUGGAGAGCCUGUCUAAAGCUGAGAGGGAAUUCCUCUGUACGUUGCUGUUUCACACCAUCAACUGGUUCAGAGAGGUCAUAAAUGCAUUCUGUGAACAAAAAGAAACUGAGAUGAAGAUGAAAGUGAUGACCCGUCUGCAGAACAUCACCUACCUUCAGACACUGCUGGAGAGGGCUUUGGCAGAAACACCUGGCUAUGUUCCACCGGUUGCCAACUUUGAUGGAGAAAGCACAGAGGGUGUUAUACUUAGUUCUGCUGCUCCUGUGAUUAAGGCAAAGAAAGAUGCACCAGGAAAGAAAAGGAAGGCUCCUGGUAAGAAUUCCUCAGAGAGCAGCGCUCAGCUUGAGGAGAUGACUGAAGCAGACAAAACUCAGCAGGAGCAGCCAGAAAAGGAGAAGGAAAAGGAGAUCCGGCAAGGUGUCAGCCUGCUGUCCUACAGACAGUUUUUCAGGGAGCUGGACAUGGAGGUGCUUGAUGUGCUGCAGUGUGGCCUGCUGUCCCGCUCACUGCUCGACUCUGAGCUCCACACCAAGGUGCGGGAGGAGGUUCUGCUGGGUCCUGCUGAGCUGGUGUUCCUGCUGGAGGAUAUGCAUCGCAAAGUGGAGUUCAGUCUUACCGCUGCCCCUGCAAAGAGAGUUCCUUUCUUUAAGGCCAGGGCCGAUAAGAGCGUGGGCUUCUCCCAUCUACAGCAGAGGAGCUCCAAGGAUGUCGCCUCCUACUGUGUCCAGCUGCUGCCUGCCCUCUGCUCCCACCUGGAGAACUGCCACAACCACUUCCAGACACUGCUGUCUGAUAACAACGGUGUUGUUGACGGACCUGCCACAGACAUUCAGCAGCACCAUCUGAUGUCAUCAAGCUACCAGCUGCUCCUGCAGGUCCUGAACACCACCUUCAGCUGGUCUGGAUUCAGCCAGCCAGGACAGCGGGGCUUACUGAAGAAGGCGCUGGGAGUUUUGGCUGAACGACUAAAAGAGGAAAGUGCUGAGUUGACCUUGGAGCAGCUUGUAAAACACAGCUUCGAGUACCUGGUGAACUUCCGCAGCACAAUGCCAAGUCUCAGCACAGCUCUGUGUCUCUCCCAGCUGCUGUCCACUGUGUCAGAGAAAGGAGGCAACUCCGCUUCCUACAGAGAGCAGACUGCUUCCCUUGCAAAAAGAUUCCUCAGCCAAGACUGGGUGACAGCCAGCGGACAGAAGGAGCGCGGGAAUAAAUUCAAUGAAGCGCUUCACACUCUCCUAAGAAUUUACCUGGAGCAUGUCGAUGAUGUUCUGAAGGCAGUGGAGGAAAUAACUGAAAGAGGAAUUGCAGAGCUCCUGAAUGCAUCAAAAGAUGAGAGCUCGGCGUCAUGGCCCACUCUCAACAGGCAAACAUUCCUGGUGUUCUACAAAGUGUUGAUGGCAGAGCUGGAAAAGGCCAUCAGGAAGAUUCCUGUUGGCAAAGUCAGUGACAACGUUGAGGCUCAGAGUGAGAAGCUGCUGACAUGGAAACUAGCUGUCGAAGAUUUUCAUGCCCUGGUCAAAAUAGUGAUGGUGUUUGAUUCUCGGCCCGUGCUCAUUGUGUGUCUGAAGUAUGGCCGCCUUUUCCUGGAUUCUUUCCUGAAGUUGGGGAUGCCACUAUUGGACAACAGUUUCAAAAGGCACACGGAGGAUGUCCAGAGCCUGCUGAAAGUCUUCCAGCUCAGCACCCGGCAGCUCCAUCACAUGUGUGGACAUUCUAAGAUUCACCAGGAUACAAGCCUGACCAAUCACGUACCAGCCUUAAAGAAGAGCCUCGAGCUGUUUGUUUACCGAGUGAAGGCCAUGCUGACGCUCAACAACUGUCAAGAGGCAUUUUGGAUUGGCAACCUGAAGAAUCGCAACCUGAAGGGUGAAGAGAUUCUUUCUCAGCGGUCACAAGGAAGUGAUGAAGAUGAGGAUGAGGAAGAGCAAUGUUCCCCGCUGCCUCAGGACCAGUCAGAGGACGAGGAUAUGGAAAGUACGACGGUCAACAGAGAGGACGAUGUGGAUCAAGAUGAUGUUAUAGAGGACUCUGACUAACACACUCUUGGUUUGGAAGUGUCUUUUGUACAUUAACACUUUCUAUAUGUGUUGAAAACUGACUCAAUUGGCAUUGCAUUUAUGUACUUCCAUUGUUUUUUUUAUUUUCUGUUGAAGUUAAACUAUCCCUAAUAAUUAGGUGUUUUCACAUGAAGUAUGGUUCUUUAAAAAAAUGUGCUAUAUGCUUUAUUCUAUUUGUUGGCGACAAAAUAAAAUAGAGAUUAUGGCAAGAUUGUUUUAGUCUGAUUUGUCAUUCAAUAAAAAAUUCAAAAAACU